AUGCCUUCCAAACUGACUGCUACAGGGCCACAUGUUGUCAAGAGAUCCGAUGAGGAGUCUCAAGGCGUCGACCGCGAUGAACCGGCUUCCACCUCCAUGUCACCUCCGGACGAUGGCGACCUGGGACUCGGCGACAACUCGAACGUGCCCAAGCUUGCUUACCUCAAACUCUUUUGGUUCUUCUUCUAUAACUUUGGACUCUUCGCCUGGGGAGGCCCCGUCGCACAGAUCGCCCUGAUCGAAGAGCGGCUCGUGGUACAGGACAAGUGGAUCAGCCUUCCGCGUUUCCAGCGCGUCUUCGCCGUCUAUCAGAUCCUCCCUGGGCCAGAGGCCGCUGAGCUGUGCAUGUUCUUUGGCUGCUUGUCCGCAGGUAGGAUUGGUGGGAUUCUCGCCGGCAUAGCGUUUAUCCUCCCCGGGCUUGUCCUCAUGCUCCUGGCUAGCUAUCUCUACUCGCUGGCCGGAUUCGAAAACAAGUACUUCAAUGCCUCGUUCCGGGCCUUGCAGCCCAUUGUAGCGGCGAUGAUCUUACGUGCAACCCAUAAGAUUGCAGAGCAUUCGGUGCGGAAUCAUGACACCAAGAACAUCGACCCGUUUCUUGUCAUCGCAGCCAUCUGCACAGCAAUCAAUGGGGCACUCCGCAUCAACAUCUUCAUCUCCCUGGGUCUCUGCGGUAUAAUCUACACCUUCGUGUCCCGCCGUCUCUGGAUACCCGCCGCUGCGCUGUUCAUCAUGCAGUAUGUCGGGUACGCCAUUUAUGUGGUGUUCCGCGGAGUGCCCCUUCCCGUGUCAUUGGCUUUGGGCAUCUCCCGGACACCCUCGCUCAUCAACCUCUUUGUACUUGGUCUGGUGGCCGGCACGCUCUCGUUUGGCGGGGCGUACACGGCCAUUCCCUUCGUGCAGGUGGAGGCUGUGUUGAUGGGCUCGUGGCUCCCACAGAGCGUGUUCAUCGAUGGGAUUGCCAUUGGCAACAUCUUGCCAGCGCCGCUGGUCAUCUUUGCGACCUUUGUUGGGUUCCAGGGUGCGUACUCGAACGGCUCUGUCGCAAAUGCGUUUGCCGGCGCAAUCAUCAUCACGCUGGGGAUGUUCUUCCCCUGCUUCGUCUUCACCAUUGCCGGCCAUGACUUGCUGGAGAAGUUGGUGCGGAACAAGUUCCUCGCCAGCUUCUUCGACGGCCUCUGCGGAUCAGUCAUUGGCGUCAUUGCUAUCAUUGCCGCGCAGAUUCUAAAGGCCAGUAUCGAAGGCCCCUUGAACAAAUUGAAAGGCAAGCCCGUCGAUGAGAUGAUAUCGACAACAGCGCAAGUUGGACCAGCGGCAGUUCUGUAUCUGCUAGCUCUGGCAGCUCUCUACAAGUUCACCAGCAAGUACACGGCGCCCUUGUUGGUGAUUUUGGGUGCGAUUGCGGGGCAGUUCCUCUUUGUUGAAACCAUAGUCGCUUGA